AACAAAAUUUCAAUUUUAUAAUAAAAUAAAAUUAUUUGUUUUAUAUAAAUAAAAUCUUGUAUUAAACAAAAUGUUUCGUUUGACUAUUGUAUUAUUGGCCGCACUUUUGGUUAUUAACGCUGUCGUUGCCGAUCCACCAGACGAUUGGGAUUGUGAUGACAAAACCAAUUGUUGUUGUGGCGGUCAGUUAGGUUUGGCCUGCGGCUCACGUAUUAAGUUAGGUGAAAAUGAACCUGAUGGCAUUCCCAUACUGAGAGGUCUAUGCAAAGAGCGUGCUUUUUACCAGUGCUCGGCCAUCGAUCAACCGGCUGUAUUCAAAGGCAUGUGCAGUAACUGUCGUAUAUCGGAACCGGGAGUCGAUAAAUGUUUGACACCAACUUUCAGUGAAAGUUUACAUUAAAUUUAAUUUGAUGAACAACAAAAUUUAAUAUACAAAUAAACAAACACGGAAUUAACAUAAAUAUAACAAUUUUAUAAAUAUAACAAUUAUAUAUAUAUAAUGCCAAAUUAUAUGAUUAUAUUAAAU